UGUUUGAUGGCGCAAGCUUCGCGUUGGUGCCGAGACGCGUCAAACGUGGCGUGUUGAAUAACGAGCUUCAGGACCAAUCCGAGGAGAUAGGGAUGGUUGUCAUUCUCCAGAGUCGACCCCAAAUCUUAUCCAGAUGUACCACAGCUUCCAACUCUCAACAAUACACUCUUGGUUUAAUGAAGUAUCGCGGGGCUAAAGGCCAAUCGGCCUCUCACCGCCCAUUACUGUCGGGCCACCCCUCUUACGUCGUUGCGUUGUCCCUCUCUCGAUCUCUCUCCUACUUUGUACUGACUUGUCCCUUACUUAUUCACUCCUACCUCCCACGGCGUUCCGUUUUUCUUAUCUUCUACAACACUCUAUCAUUCGUCGAUUGCGUUCGGAUUGCUACUCUUCUCCGUGCUCGUUGA